GGACUACAUUCUAUAUGUUAUACAUUGAGGUUUUUUGCGUAUUAAACUCUGGUAUUGGAUUCGAGAAACUAACCACACAAAAUUUGGAAACGUGUUAUAUAUGUUUGCGAAAUUAUAUUACCACCUAAUUUCAACAUUCACGUAUAGGCUGAAGUACUUCAUGAAACCUAUAAUAAGUCAACUGAGAAAUAUUCAUCCAUUUUUCCCACGUCAAUUAAGAGCUUAUAGUUUAUUUUUAUCGAUUGUAUGGUUAUUUCUUAUCGGAGGAUUUCUCUGUACAACAUGGCAACUUUGCUCUAUACUGCUGAAACAACCAACUUGUGGUAAUAAUGUAAAUCCAAAUUAUUACAGUAAACAGUGGAUUCCAUCUGUUUACACUGUAUCACGGUUGACUGAUGCAAUGCUUAAUGUCUGGCCUGUUCAUAUUGCACAGAAUAUUAUACCAUCACAAGGUAUAACCUUGGUCAGUUUCAGCAAUCAAACACCACUUCCAUACACUGAUCAGUUAACGUUUGUUAGGGCAUUUGAUGACCGAGAACAAUUUCGAGUUUUUCUAACUAGUAUACUUCAUGGUUUACUUACUCGAUUAAUAUGGAUUUAUCCAUCUUGGAAACAAUCAUCUGCCAAUCAGUUUUAUAAAAAGACACAAUAUUAUGUUGGUUUGGCCCGGAUCAACUUGUUAGAACACGAUACUGAUGAGUUAAGAGCUGACUUUCCAAUGACUUUCACAACCUUUUGUUUAUGCAGCAGCGCAUCUGAAAGUGUCUGCAGUCUACCAUUGUUAUCUUCAUCUAAUUUACGCAUAUCAAGAGAAUCUUGUUCAGUCAAUGGAAGUUUAAUCUAUGAAGAAGUUAUUGACUUAAUGGCUGAAUCACUACUUUCAGAGGAUAAAAAUAAACUUUCAACAAAGGAUUCUAUAUAUUUAUUUUCACGUCAAAUGUUUUUCCAAUCAGAUGAUUUCAUCUUACUGUCUUCAUCAUCAUCACCUAGUAAAUUAUUACCAUGGCUCGAUAGUCCAUUCAUACUACAUAUUGAUUUGAGUUAUUUCAUUGGAUCUGUUACAAGUCCCAGUGUUGCAACUAUUUCGUCAGUAAAUAUCACUUCAUCUUCUCAUUUAGCCACUCCUUUUAUUGACUAUCUUCAUUUGAAUUCACUAAGUCAUAGUAAUAAUGAUGGUAAUAACACUGAAGAAUCUCUACGCAAUAAUGAAUAUUUCACUCCAAAUGCUAAUGAAUAUGCUGAUCAUAGUUUUGAUGAUCAAAUUAUUCGCGUUUCGUAUCAAUAUCGCAGUUCAUCCCUUAUUCAUCAGUAUAUUAUGCUAGUCAGAAAUUUGUUUCACAAUUUCUCAAAGCUCCAAUCAACUGAAAGAAUGCAUUUAAUUGAUACAAUAAAUCAACUUAUCAGUGCAAUGAUUCUUCUUAUUAGUCCACAAAACUCAAGUACAUUGUCGUAUUGGUCGAAUGAAACACUUAUAUCACGUUCAUCUUGUUGUUCACCAGCUUCUGUUGAACCGCUUGUGUUUAAUUCAAAUAAACAGUUGAGCAUUUAUAAUCAAUGGAAAGAUAAUUUUCGUCUUGCAUUUUAUGAGGUGGACAAUUAUUGUUCUUAUUCUUCAGAAACUGUUAGCAGACUUUUGAAUUUGCCACAAGUAACCUACAAGUUUCUCGAUUUCUGUAAGUCUUGGGGGUCCUAUCUCAAUGUUUAUUCAGGAUCCAACUGGAUAGCGACCAAUGGAAUAGUAACUGGAGGCCAGUUGAACUUUUCCUCAGAGUUUUUCACACAUCGUUUUCGUCAUUUCCCCUGCAAAUGAAUCAUAAAACCACCCUUCCCCUGUAUGGUGUAACCAAUCAUUGACAUUCUUACCCCGAUUUCCUUGAUAAGUCUAAAUAACUAUCUACUGUUACCUUUCUACGCUGCCUUUUCCAUCUCUUUAACCCUCACUGCCCACCACUGUUUGAGGUCAUUGCGUAGACCUUUUGUCAGUUAACAUUUGAGUUGCUUCUCCUCCUCAUUGCCCUCGUAGCCUUCAGGAAUGCGUACGCAUGCUUCCGUCGAUUUGAAAGAAGGUGCUGAGAUCCACUUAGCUUUUCUAACUAUUUUCUGAGAGUCAGCUGCGGUCUUGAACGCUAUUUUUACAGCAGAUUAGCAAUAGUUUCAGGCUUCUCCUGAUGUCUGCUGUUCUGUCCUGACGAGUAUCUACCCAGUUCCUGACUGAAACAGCUUUAGUAUUCAUAUCAUCUAGCUUUACUUGUAUUCAUCGUUCCGCUGUAGUUUUCCUACAUGUAUUUGGUUGAAGGCAUAUGCCUACUGAAACCAGCGUGGGGUCACUGUCGAUACAAAUACUCCACCGAUAACUGAUAGCAAUAUGGUCUAUUUGUAUCCACCACUGAGUUGAAGUUGGUGGACGCCACCUCAGAUAGUGUCUCUCUUAAUUUCUGAGGUUCAUGCCGGCUAGAAAUAGAUCCUUAUCUAAAUACUGUUGUAGCAGGUGGUCGCCGUUAUCUGUUUGUUUGAAUGGAAUUCCAAAAGUGUCACCUAAGUGCCUUCCUGCCCGAUUCUGCCUACCCAAAUGCACAUUGGGUGUACUCUGGACCGAUGAAAAGAGCCUAGAAGAUGUGGGUUUCGCCGAUGAUUUAUGUCUAAUGUCUUGUGGCACAAACUCGAAGAUCUACAAGCGAAAACUAACAAGUUGACAGAAGAGAUGAGGUAGCGAAAAUAUGUGAAUGUAGAUAAGACAGAGGUGAUAAAGAUACCCAACCAACAACUACAUCAACAACAAGCACUAAUCACCGUUAACGGGAGAAACCUGAAGAAAGUAGUCUCCUUCACGUACCUACCUAGGCAGCAUCGUUUCAACUACUACAGGUGGUGGCACAGAUGAGGAUGUCAAUGGAGCCAGGAUCGGAAAGACAACAAGACAGGCUUUCAUUAAUCUGAAAUCAGUGUGGAGAUCUACUGCACUCGGCACAAAGAACAAGAUCCGGAUUUUCAACACCAAUGUCAAGUCAGUGCUUCUAUAUGGUUCAGAAACUAAGCGUGUCACGAAAAGCACUUCCAACAAACUGCAGACAUUCAUCAAGAGCUGCUGUCUACGCUCACUCGAUACUGAGGAUCAGAUGGUCAGAAAGAAUAAGCAACAAGGAACUGUGACCUGACAACAAACCAACCAAGAACCUAUCACCCAACAAAUAUGCAGAAGGAAGUGGAGAUGGAUUGGAGGUGCACUGUGAAGGCCGAUUGGGGACACCGCGCGCCAGGCCAGGCCGUCGAGUGUAAUCCAGAGAGGAAACGAUGAGUUGGGCGUCCGAGAUGAGGGUGAUAUGGAGGAGAUCAUGUGAGGAAGAAAUGAAAGCUUGUGGGCAGUCGUGGAGCCAGAUUGAAAAGACUGCAGAGAAGAGAGUGCAAUGUAGGCGUUCUCCUGAAGCCCUAUGUUCCACUAGGAACCCAAGGGGAAAAAAAUAAUCAUGAAUGCGUAUUGAAAUCGUCUGCUACAACAACCGUGUAUGGACGUUUGGGUUUCGGCAGUAGGCUAAACAGUCUUCGGUAGAAAUCAUCCGAGGUGCAGUCAGUAGGUGCGUAAAGAGAGAUUGAAAAACGACAACGGCAAGUUCAAUCAUUCAUUUUAGUCUUCACUGCACUGUUCGGUUGAACAACCCAUAGGUCAAUUGAAGUUCAAGCGAGUGGUCCAUAUUCUGCUUCAGUGCUAAAUGUUAUACCUGCACCUUUAAGAUCGCGGGCAAUAUCCAUUGAAUCUCCUGAAACUCGAAGGGCGAAUUUUUUGGAUUCUUUGUAUUUACCUAGUACGGCUAUAUGAGUAAUUACACUUGGUUUCUGCAUGAGUUUCCCGCAAACACAAUUCAUAUGUAUGGUUUGAGAUGGCAGAGUUUUGGCUAUCGAAGCUUGUUGACUGGUUUGACGGAGGGUGCGGACAUCGGAAGCUACAAUGUGUAGUUUGGAGCGUGGUUUCAGGAGACCAGUGCUGCUAUUCCGUAAUCUCAAAUCGUUGUCAAGAGCUCCAUAUCUAAAGCAAAUUAAAGAUGAUUUAGGAGUGUUGAGUAAGUGGCGCGAAGGAAGAUUAGGAGAUAAGAAUGUGGAAGGCAGGUAGUCAUCUGAGAGAACUUGAUUCCUGACAGAGUUGUGAGGGCAGUUGACACUUCUCGGUUACCCAUAUCGUAGAAAGAUGGUUCUUGUUAAGGUGCUUGAAAAGGAAGGGUUUAUGCGUGACCGUAAAGCCCAAGGGGCAUCUGGUUGAGGCUGGUCACAUACGGCCUUUUUAGAAUUUUUAUAGCUCGGUUCAUUUUUUACUAAUCUGACUGUGAACCUGUAUUGCUGGCAACCGGUAUGCUGCGGAGUAGCGGAGAGUGUGCUAUUUUUAGCGCCGACUUUUUCUGACCCUCCCUUCCCAUUGGGUGGGCAGCAUCAACGUGACACUGCUCGUCAUCCGCGGUAAACACCUUGCUGUUGUCGAAUCCCGUCUAGCCAGCAGUACGAUUUCACCAUCAAACCUUCAUCACCAAGUACCAAUUUGCACUAUAACGGUACCUGCCUUUUGUUUUGCCACUAUCCACCUCAUCUUUCCGAUAUGGUAGGACCUCCAGGGAAGAGGCAUUCCAUCCGGUGUCAUUGUGAUGUACAUGUCCGACCAGCAGGUCAAGGUAGCAGCUAUCCUUCAGGUAGCUGGAUAACUUUUGUUUCUUAGUUGUGGAGUUAACUUGUUAUGACGAAUAAUAGGUGGCAUUUUAAAGAUAAAUAUUAAAAUUAGUGUUAUUGUCUCAUUUGGAUACAUCGAAUAAGCACAAUCAGAUAGAAUUUCAGUUUACGAUAGCACCCAAUUUCACAUAAAGUCCAUUAGUUCUUUUCGAUCAAGAAUUUUGUGUUUUUGAUGUCAACUGUUCCGCGCUACUGUGUGUAGAAAGUUGUGUUGUUAUUUGAAUGAAAGCUUUGUUUGCAGUUUGACGUGUUCUUUUAAUAUUUUCAGAUCUUUCAUCUCCAGUCUUUAAAACAGCUAUUAUACAUUCUGACUUUAUCAUGUAACUUGACUUGAAAUAUAGUUUUGCAACUCACGUCACUAUGAUUUCUGAUUAACGUCUGUCAUUAGUAACUCACGGGUUAAUAUAAGAGAUAAGAAGCUGGCAACACUUACCACAGUCUCUUCAUGUACGAUUCAUGUUUUUACGCUUGUGAGUAACCUAGAUAUACAGUGAAUUACAAUUACUCAGCAAAGUCCUUUGAGCUAAACACAGAGCCAAUAACACUAGCGAGUUAAAUUAUCUACUUACCAACGGUAAAACAAUGAUUAACAAAUAGAAAGGCAGUUUAUAAAAAUUACUACUAAACAGUACUUUAAAAUAAUUGUUUCUUCGAAACACAAACCACACAAAAGAUUCAUCAAAAUGUAGCUUUUCAAACACUCAGUGUUUUUCUCGAUGGCUUUUACUAGCAGUUAUCAUAGAUUUUCGAUCCAUUUUUGCUUUGCUACAUUAUAGGUGUGAGACUGUCAUGGAUAAACAUAGUUCAGAAAACUGGUCUUGAUGUAAUACCGUUAAGCGCGCUGAUUUGUUUCCCACAGCGAUCCAGAUUUUUACUUCACAUCGAUUAUCUCCGCAUUGUAAAAAUCUAACUCUUCUAGAAACCUCACCUGUUUUGCUAACUCCUUCAAUGUGAACAUUAAGGUGUUGUUGCUCAACUGGAAAAGCAUUAAGUGGUAUGCGAACUACAAGUUCGAAAAUGACUAUUAUUACGGUUUCUUCUAAUCAGUUGCUAUUCAUUUAGACACUCAUCUACACAAAUUGAUUCCAUAUACCGGAAUGUGGGGAUUAAAGUAUUGCCUUGAGCCUACUUGUACAAGUAUUCAUUUUGUUUGUAGGCUGUGUUAUUGUUGUGU